UCAUGACACGUGUAAAAGCGUCGCCAUGUGGAUCCCUCUUUGGCCCCCGACCGAAAAACUACCCCCUGGGUUGAUCAAAACCGCCCACUCCACCCCCCUCUUUAUACCCCCUAACUUCACGCUUUGUUAGGAGUAAUAUAUAGAGAGAUAUUUUUGUUGAUUUUUCCAAAUCUACAUUGUUAUCGGAAUGGAAGAAACUCACAGGAAAGUGAUACCGGCGGCGGAGAGUUGCGCGUCGUCGGAGAGUUGCGGUAAUGAGUUGACCCGGUUGAGUUCUGGUUCGUCGUCUUUAAGUGUUGCGAAUUCCAAAGGUAUUAUGCUGCUGCAGAGUGGAAAUUCUACAACGGACAAGUACACAGGAUGGACAAAUGAGAAGCACAAUACAUUUCUGGACCAUCUUGAAGCAUCAUUUGUAAAGCAGUUACACAGAUCCAUGGCCUUGCGUGCUGGAUCUGUGGAAAUGAACCAGAGCUGCAGAAAUUUGUCAGAAGAGUUAUCUUCACAUGUCAACAAAGCUUCAGAGCAGUUAACUUUUCCGCAUCAUGGCUGUUGGAAGAAGAUCAAGACUGUGAGGAAGCCACCUGUUGUGUAUAUUGCAGCUGAUUCUCAUGAUUGCCAAUUUUGUUUUGAACUCCAUCGCAAGGGGAAACGAACAAGAGAUGAGAAACCAACGGAUGGGCUCAAAACAAAAUCACAUUUAAUUUCUGAACUUGGAGAACUUCAGAAUACAGUUUGUACACUUACUGAAGGUUCAGGUCAGAAUUUCAUAGGUGAAGAUUUUGAUGAGAACUCGAGGUGCAAAAAGAUGAAGACAGUUUCGGUGGACACUACAGACCAAGAGCAAAUUGUUCCAACAAGGAAUAUGGGAGUCCAAGAGUUGCUAGUUCCAUGUUCCGGAGAGAUAACUAAGUAACUUGGAAGCUCCACAGCAAACAAUGACGGAGCUAGUUCUAUGUUCCAGAGUAAUGACAAAAGUCAAACUCGAAAUUCGUCAAGAAGACUAUGGCCAAUGUACGACUUGUGGAAGGCAGCUGAGGGGUGGUGAAAUAUUGGAGAUGGUAUAGUAGGAAAAGUCUUGCGUGCAUUUGCAUAGGGUCGUGAUAUCGCAAUAAAGUUGUAAAUGACGUGUAGAUAAUUAUCUAUACAAGACCAAGUGUUCUGCAAGAGAAAGAAAAUAUGUUGGGGGGGUGGAACUAGAAAAUUAGUAUCAAUUUUGAGAUCUGCCUUUAGAGCAAAUGUCUAUAUAAACUUUAGCUGGAGGACUUCAAUAGCUAAAUUCUUUUGUUUGUUUGUUCUUUCCUCUCUUCCCUUUGAAGAUGCAUGCAUAUGUACUGCUGUACGUGUAAUUAGAGGAACUCUCUCGAUCCUUUACUGUGUCUUCAACGUCUUUUUUCA